CCUUGAUUGACCAGAACCCCAGAAGCGUCAUCUCCAGCGACCGGGAUUAUUUCCUGCGGUCUCUCAUCUUCAAUUUAUUUCCUUUCAUCCGUUUCCUUCUUUCAUUUCUUCUAUAUUACAUUUACUUCUUGUACUCCUUUCUAUUAAUCCUAUCCUCUCUUGUCCUUUUUUUCCCCUUCUUCCCGCCACGUUCCUCUCGCAAUGUCGUCUCCCGGCUCAGUGUCCGGCAAACGCAAGCGAAGCGCCUCGCAGCUUCUGCCAGCCCACGGCAUCCCCAAUUCCUCGACAGUCGACCUGCUGCAGCCUUCAUCUCGCGACGCAUCCGGCGAGGAUGCAGACGGAGACGAGUCGAUGGGGCCGACGCCGAAAACCCGGCGAGGCAUCGCGGAGACGGUCAAUAACAACAACGCGAGUGUUCCGCCAUCGAAACGAGUCCGCACGCAUAACCCCACGUCUGGUGCUAUCACUUCUGCCGCUACUGCUACCUCGAAUGGAGAUGAAGAUCCCGGCGAGCCGUCCGAGACUACCGAGGCCAGCAGUGACAUCGAGUUGCAGGCGGCCAAGAGCAGACCUGACCUACACAUCAAGCCGCCGGCGAACCUGCUGGCCGUGCUGCAUGGCGAGACGAUAAAGCCGCCCGAGCGGGCUGGACUGCAAGAUCCCGUGGGCUACCACACUAAUCCGCCUCCGACAGGGCGGGCGGUGCGUGUCUAUGCGGAUGGCGUUUUUGAUUUGUUUCAUCUGGGUCAUAUGCGUCAAUUAGAACAGGCCAAGAAAGCAUUCCCCGAGGUGUACCUGAUUGUGGGCGUGACGGGCGAUGAAGAGACACACAAGCGAAAGGGCUUGACGGUGCUGAGUGGUGCCGAGCGUGCCGAGACGCUCCGCCACUGCAAAUGGGUCGAUGAAGUGAUCCCCAGCUGUCCGUGGAUAGUAACCCCGGAGUUCCUUGAGGAGCACCGCAUCGACUAUGUCGCGCACGACGACCUGCCCUACCAGGCUGACGAGGGAGACGAUAUCUACGAACCGAUCAAGGCCCAGGGGAAGUUCCUCGUCACCCAGCGGACAGAGGGAGUCAGCACAACUGGUAUCAUUACACGAAUUGUUCGUGAUUACGACCGAUACAUUGCCCGGCAGUUCAAGCGCGGUGCCUCGCGACAAGAGCUGAACGUCUCGUGGCUGAAAAAGAACGAGCUGGAGAUCAAGCGGCACGUGGCUGAGCUGCGCGACAACAUCCGCACCAACUGGACAGCUACGGGUCAGGAACUGAGCCGCGAGCUGCGCCAGCUCUGGCAGAACAGCCGACCGGGCAGCCCUGCGCCCUCUGCUCGCAACAGCUUCGACUUUGGCAGCACGCGCGGCGGAGGCCUCGUCAGCCCCACGGCGGGCAAGACGCAUCUCUCGCGCGUCGAAGCCAUGGGCCGCUCCGAUAGUCCGAUGGGCACGGGGCGCAACGAGGACUUUGCCACGGGAUACAGUCUUGGUUUGAUCGGGGGGGUUAGAGCGUGGAUGAUGCGCAGCCGCCGCUCGCUACUCGAACAGCCGAGUUUACCGCACUCCCUUUCCGGUAGUGACGAGGAACAGGACGAGACCGAACAGAGCAACGGCCUGGAACCUGUGUCACCGGAGCUGCGUGGCCGGACGGGGGUGCCUACGUAAGGCACACUGGCGGCCUGUCUCUUUCUUACCUCUUGUCUAAAUC